AGCUUGCCUGUUCCUCAGCAUCCCAAUUAUUCUUAUCCAUCAUGGGUGGUAAGCGCGGAAAGAAGGGUGGCAGAGGCGGCGGCGGCGGACGCGAACGCCAAAACUGGCAGCAGGUUCCCAGAGAGAACGCCAAGUUCGAAAACUACUACAAUUCGCAAGGAUUCAUCCCGGAGGAGGAGAGGGAGGCUUUCUGGGAGGCUAUCAGAAGGGACUUGCCCAACAGCUUCCGUUUCACCGGGUCUAGAGGCCACGCUUUGGCCGUUCAGGAAAAGCUCAAGGAUUUCUACGUCCCCGAAAUCACCUCCAUCAAAUAUGAGGGCAACUUCGUCGAGCCUCCCCGCCCGGUCCCCUGGUACCCCGACCAACUCGCCUGGUCCAUGACCACUCCCAAGCAGGUCGUCCGGCGCUUCGCCCCAUUCGCUUCGUUCCAGAAGUUCCUUGUCGCCGAGACCGAAGUUGGAAACAUCAGCAGACAGGAGGUUGUCAGCAUGAUCCCCCCUCUUCUGCUUGACGUCAAGCCUGGCAUGACCGUUCUGGAUAUGUGCGCUGCCCCCGGUAGCAAGUCCGCACAGCUGAUGGAGAUGAUCCACGCCGGAGAAGAGGAGUCUAUGGCACAAGUUUCUGAGAAGGUUGCGGAUGGGACUGCUUCCCCCGAACCGAUGGGACCGGAAGGUCUUAGUGACGAUGGCAGAACCACUGGCUUGCUGAUCGCCAACGACGCUGAUUACAAGCGCGCGCACAUGCUGAUCCACCAGAUGAAGCGCCUUAGCUCCCCGAACUUGAUUGUGACGAACCACGAUGCUACCAUGUUCCCCUCGAUCAAGUUGCCUUCGGAGCCAUCCACCAACGGAAAGCCCCCCAAGAACCGCUACCUCAAGUUUGACCGUAUCCUGGCCGAUGUGCCUUGCACCGGUGACGGAACUGCCAGAAAGAACUGGGGUGUCUGGAAAGAUUGGAACGCCAACAACGCUCUGGGAUUGUACGCCACACAGGUCCGGAUCCUUGUCCGUGCUCUGCAGAUGUUGAAGGUCGGCGGUCGCGUCGUCUACUCUACUUGCAGUAUGAACCCUAUCGAAAACGAAGCCGUUAUUGCCAGUGCCCUGGAACGUUGCGGCUCCGCCAAUGUCAAGAUUCUCGACUGCAGCAAUGAGCUUCCGGGCCUGAAGAGAGCCUCUGGCUUGCGCGACUGGAAGGUCAUGGAUCGUGAGGGUCGCAUGUACAACACCUGGAAGGAGGUUGAGGAGCGGAAAGAGCGGGAGGGUAUCAAUGGACUCGGUAGGGUUGCCGAGGGCAUGUUCCCGCCCUCUGAGGAUCUCCCUCUGGAGAGAUGUAUCCGCAUCUACCCUCACAUGCAAGACACCGGAGGUUUCUUCAUCACCGUCCUUGAGAAGCUGUCCGAAAUCCGUGCCAAGCCCGAGGAUUCCUCCAAGGUCAUCCCUAAGGCCUCCAUUGCCGCACUUACGGAAGAGCUCGAUUUCAAGCAGAAGAACGGAGACGGCCAGCCCCUAGAGAAGAUCGAUGCGUUGGACGACCUGGUCGCUCCUGACCAAAAUGCUCAAGUGGAAGCCGAGAAGAAUGCCUCCGUUGCGCAGGCUACCCACCAACUCCCUUACUCUGCUACCGACCAGACCUCCCCCGUCAAGAGGGAUGCGGAGAGCUUGGAAGACGAGCUCCCGGCCAAGAGGACGAAACUUGAAGAUGGCUCCGAUGUUGUUCUGGGAGAUCGCCCAGUUCAUGCUCCCGCGCCCGUGGUCGAAUCCGACAAUGUCGAGACAACCGACGCGACCCCUGCGCCCGCAGAGGCUCAGGCGCAGCCCCCGCAGCCCCUGCAGAAGCGGAAGAACGGCCAGCCGGUUGAAGAGCCCUUCAAGUACUUGGAUGUCAAUCAGGAAGAGCUCGACCCCAUUUACGAGUUCUACGAGAUCUCCAAGCGAUUCCCUCGGGACCGCUUCAUGGUGCGCAACGCGGAGGCUAUCCCCGCUCGUACCAUCUACUACACCAGCUCUCUGGCUCGCGACAUUCUGAGUGCAAACGAGAAGCAGGGUAUGAAGUUUGUGCACUGCGGUGUCAAGAUGUUUGUGCGCCAAGAUGUGCAGCGUCCUGGUGUCUGCCGUUGGCGUAUCCAAACCGACGGGCUGAGGAUCCUCCAGCCCUGGCUGGGCCCUGCUAGAGCCAUCACUCUGACCAAGAAGGAGACCCUGCACAGGCUGCUUGUGGAGAUGUUCCCCAAGGUCGACGGUGACAGCUGGACCGAGCUUGGAGAGAUCGGAGAGCGGGUCAGGGACAUCCCGAUGGGCUGCAGUAUCCUGCACAUUAGACCCGAUGCCGGCGAGAGCUUCCACGAGCGAAUCACUCUUCCCCUUUGGCGGUCCCUGCACUCCGUCAACCUCAUGCUUCCCAAGGAAGAUCGUCGGGCCAUGCUUCAGCGUCUGUUCAACGACGACACUCCCUUGGUUAACACCACGCAAAAGCGACAGGCACAGUCAUCGACGCCGGCCACUCCCGCGACCGAGGCCGUCAACGAAGAGACCCCUGUCGAGACAGAGGAAGACGCGAUCAAACGGGAGAAUCUGGCAUUGGGCGAGGACGAGCAGGAGCAGAUGGAUACGCGCGAGACGUACACCAAGGCCGGCGAUGAGGAGGACCGGUUCAACACGACUGUAUAAUUUAGGAGUUUGCUUGAACAUAUACGGCAGUUUAUUUAAAUGAAAAGCAUUGGAUGUUACUGAGACUUAUUUUAUUGCCUUUGAAGACUUGUUGCGUUGGGUCGGAAUUGUCGUCAAGAUAUACAUACAACACGAGUUGCUACUUGCUCAUUUGCAUGAAGGAUGUUUGAGUUAUAUUUAAUCCAAGAU